GGAGGCUGGUGGAAGGGGAUUCUCUGGAGCUGAGCUGUAGUGCUGGUCCUGCAAAGGUGAUACUGGAGCCAAACCAAAUCGUGGUUUUGGACUGUAACCUGGCCCCUGUUGAGCAGGUCAUCAAUAUCACGUGGAAGAAGAAUGGGUUUCCAUUAGUGGAGCAGGAGCAUCUCCAUGUGCUUCCAAAUGGAUCACUCUUCAUCUCAUCCCAGGCAAAGGACAGUAAAUAUCCUGAGAGGGCUGGCGCUGAGGGUAAUUACUCCUGCAUGUCUCACAGUUCCCUAGGGGCUGUCACCAGUCAAACGGCUGCAGUCAGAUUUUCAACAUUAUCACGCUUUUUCCAACAGCCGGAAUCGCAGACAGUGGAAGAAAAUGGCAUGGCCCGGUUUGAGUGUCGGAUCGAAGGACUGCCCUCCCCUGUCAUCACAUGGGAGAAGGACCAUGAAGCUGUUCCAGCAGAACCCAGGUUUAUAACCCUUCCAAAUGGUGUCCUCCAAAUCGUGGAUGUGCGGGAGAGUGAUGCUGGGGCUUACCACUGCGUGGCAACCAACGCCGCCCGAAAACGCUACAGCAAUGAUGCAGUCCUCAGUGUCCUGAAAGGUUCCCAGUCAGCAGGAGGAGAUGUCACCAUCGUCGCCGCACCGGAGAACACCACCGUGGUGGCUGGGGAGAGCGUGGUGAUGGAGUGCAUGGCAGCUGCCGAUCCCACCCCCUUCGUCUCCUGGAUACGACAGGAUGGAAAGCCUGUUUCCACCGAUGUGAUUGUGCUGGGCCGGACAAAUCUCCUCAUUCCUUCCAGCCAGCCCCAUCACUCAGGGGUGUACGUCUGCCGUGCUAACAAACCCCAGACCAGGCAGUUCGUUACAGCCGCAGCUGAGCUCCGGGUCCUUGCUACACCCAGCAUCUCCCAGGCUCCUGAAACCAUCUCACGCACCCGAGCCAGCACAGCCCGGUUUGUCUGCAAGGCGGAGGGCGAGCCAGCCCCGACCAUUCACUGGCUGAAGAACGGCGAGUCCAUCCUCUCCAACGGGCGGGUGAAGGUCCAGAGCAGCGGGAGCCUUGUGAUCAAUCAGAUCGGGCUGGAGGAUGCCGGCUACUAUCAGUGCGUGGCUGAGAACAGCCUGGGCAUGGCUUGUGCCACUGCCAAGCUCUCAGUGAUCGUGCGGGAGGGUUUGCCCAGCGCUCCCAAGAAGGUGUCAGCCGUGUCCCUCUCCAGCAGCACAGUCCUUGUGUCCUGGGAGCGGCCAGAGUACAACAGCGAGCAGAUCAUUGGCUUCUCGUUACACUACCAGCGGGCUGUGGGAACAGAUAACGUGGAAUACCAGUUUGCUGUCAAUAACGAUACCACUGAGCUGCAAGUCAAGGACCUAGAACCCAAUACCAACUAUGUCUUCUACGUGGUCGCGUAUUCUCAGCUUGGAGCCAGCCGGACAUCCUCUUCCAUUAUUGUUCAGACCCUGGAGGACGUUCCUAGUGCUGCCCCUCAGCUGUCCUUGUCGAGCAUGACUCCUGGUGACAUCCGUGUGACAUGGCUGCCUCCUCCUCCACAGCUGAGUAACGGCAAGAUAACAAAGUACAAGAUUGACUACUGCACCCUCAAGGAAGCAGAUCAGGUUACCUCCAUUGAAGUGGGUGGAAAUGAGACGCAAAUCACUCUCUACUCGCUCCAUCCCAACAAAGUGUACAAAGUUCGCAUCGCAGCCAGCACCAGCGUGGGCUAUGGGGCCCCUUCUGAGUGGACCCAGCAUCGGACUCCUGACAGAGACAACCAGACGCACGUUCCAUUUGCCCCGACAGAAUUAAAAGUCCGAGCGAAGAUGGAGUCUCUCCUGUUAACAUGGCAGCCCCCAGCCAACCAUGCCCAGAUAUCUGGCUAUAAACUCUACUACCGAGAGGUGGGCCCAGAGGAGUCCAGCGAAGAAAGCCCUUUGGAUGGUGCUGAAGAUGAGAGCUGGGACGUAGGACCCAUAAAACUAAAGAAGAAAGUGAAGCAGUACGAGCUGACUCGACUAGCUCCUGGGAAACUCUAUGAGGUGAAGCUGGUGGCAUUCAAUAAGCACGAAGAUGGUUAUGCAGCGGUUUGGAAGGGCAAAACAGAAAAGGCACCUGCAACAGCAGUAGAUCCCCCUGUGCAGAAGGGUCCUCCGCUGCCUCCAGUCCAAGUCUAUGCAGAGUCCAACAGCUCAACUUCCAUAUGGCUUAGGUGGAAGAAACCUGACUUCACAACAGUCAAAAUCGUCAACUACACCGUGCGCUUCAGCCCCUGGGGCCUGAAAAAUGCCUCUCUUGUUACAUACUACACGAGCUCGGACGAAGACAUUCUUAUUAGUGGGUUGAAGCCCUACACCAGGUACGAAUUUGCCGUGCAGUCCAAUGGUGUGGGCAUCGAUGGGCCCUUUGGCAGCGCGGUGGAGCGGUUAACCCUUCCUGACCGUCCCUCGACUCCUCCAUCUGACCUGCGGCUGCACCCGCUCAACCCCUAUGCUGUCCAGGUGCACUGGUGCCCCCCUGUCGAGCCCAACGGCAUCAUUGUGGAGUACCUCAUCCUGUAUAAUGCCAACAACACGCAGCCAGAUGACAUGUGGACCUUGCUGACGCGAGAAGGAAAUAUCUUCAGCACUGAAGUGCAUGGCCUGGAAAGUGAUACCAGAUACUUCUUCAAGAUGGGAGCAAAGACAGUCGUGGGAUCUGGUCCCUAUUCAAACGUUAAGGAUGUGCACACCCUCCGGGAGAAGUUGUCUGAUGUUCUGGAUAUCCAUUCUGUCACGGGAAUCAUUGUGGGAGUCUGCCUGGGGCUGCUCUGCAUUCUCUUCUGCAUGUGUGCCAGCUUCCGCAACAGCAAGCAGAGGGAGGCCCUGCCCGGCCUGGAUUCCCAGGCAGCCGGCAACCACACUUACUACCACCGGAGCAGACAAGGAGUGGCAGCUCCCAGUGCCACCUUGGACUCACAUGAGCUAGAGUCCCUCAUGUCCCCGCUGCCGGAGGAUGCCCCUGUGCCCCUGGGGGACAUCACAGAACUGACGGAAGUGCACAGCCUCAUCCACACGAGCCUCCCUGAUGACAUUGUCCACGGGAAGAGGAAGUCUUCAUGGAAUAAAUCAGCCAACCAGCCCUGGACAAACAGCAUAGCCAGAUACGGGGACACUAUCACAAAAGAGCCUGUCUCUGCUGUGAACGGAUCACUGAAGCUCCCUUCCAGCGCGGGACAGAAGCUUUUGUUACAAGCUCUGGUCUACGAUGCUGUCAUGAAUGAAGCAAAGAAAAGCCACCCACCAGCCAGCCUCCACCAAGUGGAAGCAGAGGUCAUCGUCCAUUCUGAUUUUUCAGCCUCUGACAGAGACUACGACUCCCAGCUGCACACCCUGGAGAGUGAAGAGACAGAAACCGAGGAGCAGGAGCCUGACGAGCUCCCCUCCGGACAGCUGGCUCUUCCCGGCUCUCCCAGCACCCAGCAGGAUGCUAGCCAAGCGUUGGUGGGCAAUUCUGAGGUUCAGACCCAGGAUGAGCUGUUAUGUACCGACAGAAAGACUAACGAACCAGAGGCCGUUUGCAUCCAGGGGCUCACCAAUGGCUUCCACAGGCACAGAGAAAGUCUGGAUUCAGUGGAGAGCGGAGAUUCGGACUCCAUCCAGGAAGGCAGGGGUGACGUGCAGCCAGCCAAGUGCCAGUCGCUUUCCACGGCCCCGGAGGAGGCCCCACUCUGUAGUAACUCUGGUUUAGCCAGUUCAUCCUCAGCAUCUGAGAACAUGGCACGUGUCCACAAUCACUAA